UACAAUGAGGUUCAUUAUUUUUCUACUGUACAUUUUUAUAGUGAAAUCUCAUUCGCAGAGGAUUCCAGAAGACAUUCAAGUGGCUUGGAAAAUCAUCACGAAACCUUAUCACAAUGCGUGUGUGAUGGAAUCACACAUCGAUCCGUAUCUAGCGGAAAACUGGGUGCGUGAUUUUCACAUGCCAGACACGCCAGCGUUCGGGUGCUUUAUAAAGUGUCUUUAUCUAAAUCUGAAUUUUAUGAAGCCAGAUGGAGCCUUCGAUGUACACGAAAUGGUAGAUGUAGCUCAUUAUAUGACCCAUGAUUUGGCGCGAAUAUGUUUGAAGGACAUAGACGUUGAGAAGAAUCACUGCAAAAGAUCAUAUAAGUUGGGCACAUGCAUCGUGAAUUCAUUAGUCGUAUAGCUAGAUGGUGAACACGUAAAGUUAUUACAAUUACAAUCUUUAAUAUUUGUUUAUAUGGCUCGGGCAAACGUCAGAUAAGCCACAAUUAUGUCCACACAUAGGUAUGACUUAUUUUUGGUUACUUAUUAACA